AUGCAUGAAUUCGCUCUGUAUGGUCAAGUGCGCAAGGAUGACCAUCAUCGAAUGCUCCAGCAAUUAGCCGGCUUUGCACGUAUGCAGCCCCAAGAUGCCAAAGAGAUCCACCUGGUCUUCAAGGCGCGUCAGCCUCCUGGGGUUGAUCUGGUCCAGUCUAUUGGUGCAUCGCAUCUCGCCAGUCAGCGACAGCAGGAUAUCCAGCGCGUUAAGAACAUGCUCAAUGCCGGCCUGUACUAUGUCCAGCUUGUUGGAGAGAUAAGGCCGGAGAAACAGGCUCGAGUCACAAAGAACGGCGAUGUGACCAUGACAAAUGGCAAUGGUGGCCAAGGCGCGGAAAAGCCAAGCGUGAAAUGGUCCUUUGAAUUCAAGGACACUCCAGAUGCGGGAAAGCAGGCCGUGAGCUCCAGGCUGAUAUCCCGGACGCCGAUGGACGAGGGGGAUUUUGUCAAGUUUCUCAGUAAUUUUGGCUAUGACUAUGUUUCUCGCUACAUGGUUGUUGGGUCAAGGUUCUAUGACCACGACACUACUCUUUUCCUGCACAAGGUAUUACGGCUCCCGGAAGUAGGUGCGGAUGAAGCUAUCUCGGACGAUUCAUUUUUUUUCAGCAUCAAUGACCUACCCGAGUUGGAUGGCUCUGGCGGCUAUAUCCUCCAGGCAUCCAUUGAUGUGGUUGACGGAAACAAUCCAGAGCUUAAGGAGCGAGCAACCCGACAACUAUUGGCCAUCAAGGAAGCGUUGAGGCAGGCAGUCGAUCUAACACCGGGCGAUAGAUUGGCGCUGGAUACGCGGCUGCCUAUCACUUCAGAUAUCCCAAGCCGAUUCUACACCAUGAAGCGAUCAGCCCCUCCUCCGGCUGGUUCUAUCUCUCCACCGCCAGUCAAGCGCAAAAUCGAAUCGACUACCACCAAGAAGGCUGUCGCUAGUUUCUUCAAGCCAGCGUCACAAAAAGAACCAGAGAAGCUCGUAUGGCGGACCGUUGACCAAACCCUCAUCAUUGGCCGAUAUAACGUGCCCCAUAAACCACCUCAGCCGCGCACGCUACCCGUCAAGAUCGCAGCGUUCGAUCUGGAUGACACUCUCGUGGCUCCUAAUACCGGAAGCAAAUGGGCUAGAUCUGCAGUGAGUUGGAAGUGGUGGGAUCCAUCAGUUCCCGACAGACUAAAAUCUCUCCAUGAAGACGGUUAUCUCCUUGUCAUUCUUAGCAACCAGUCAGCCAUCAGCCUGAAGGAUAAUCCCAAGACGCUCAAGAAGGACAUGGCCAGCCUGGCCAACUUUAAAACCCAGGUCAAUUCGAUGCUACACCAACUCGACUUGCCUAUCAUUGUCUACGCGGCGACCUGCCAAGACCGAUACCGCAAGCCUCGUGUGGGAAUGUGGGAGGCGGUGUUAGAAGACUAUGAUCUUCAGACUGAAGGAGCUGUGGACAUGACAAACUCGUUCUAUGUGGGUGAUGCUGCUGGGAGAGAUAAGAGCGACAAGAGACGAAAGGAUCAUGCAACAUCCGACAGGGACCUUGCGGCGAACAUUGGCAUCAAGUUUCAGACACCCGAGGAAUUCUUUCUCGGCGAGACUACAGAACCGUACGAGCAUGUCUUUGACCCGACAAAGCAUCUUGAAACCGCAAAGCCUACUGUGAAUGGCUCAGUGGAGAGCGCCGUAUCCGCGCCGUUCACCAAGAACAGCCACCACGAGUUAGUCAUUUUUUGUGGCUCACCGGGCGCCGGAAAAAGCACUUUCUACUGGGACGUCCUCCAACCACUUGGCUAUGAGAGAGUUAAUCAAGAUAUUCUCAAAACACGCGAGAAAUGCAUCAGGAAAGCAAAGGAACUCUUGGAGGCAGGGUUAUCCGUGGCAGUCGACAACACGAAUGCGGACAUCGAAACCCGGGCGUACUGGGUGAAAGUAGCCCGUGAAUUUAACGUCCCUAUCCGGUGUGUUCGCUUCACAGCCUCGACUCGCCUUGCGGAGCAUAACGAUGCUGUGAGGGCAAUGAAUCCAAAUAUGAUGAAUCCCGAAAACCGGACCCAACUCCCUGGCAUUGCAUUUCGCUCCUUCGUCCAGAGGUUCCAGGAACCUACGCUCGAGGAAGGCUUCGAAGAUAUCUAUAAGGUUGACUUCGAGUUCAAGGGCACUGAGGAACAGAAAAGGCUCUGGUCAAGAUACUGGGUGUCGAAGUAUUCAACGUGA